UACCAUUGCUACCUGUCUUUCGGCGUAUCAACUCUUCAGUUUGUUCGAGUAAAUUCGCAAAACAACACGCGUUUCCUGUAUAUAAUUUGAAUUUAGCAAGAGAAAUCGUGCAAAAUGCACUUUUCAGUAAAAUAUUCCAUAAGCCUUUUGUUUUUGCUCAGCCUUUGCAUUUACCAAACGCACGCCAGUAUCGGCGCUGAGGCUGCACCAUUGAACGCCACCGAUGACUUGGAAUCUUGUAUUUGUGGCCGUCAGUAUACGCCUGUUUGUGCUUCUGACUCCAAAACCUAUGGAAAUCGCUGUCUAUACGAAUGUGCGCGCAAGAAGUUGAAUGCCCAGGGACGUAGUUUGUCCUUGGUGCGCUCCGGUGUUUGCCCGGGUGAGCCGGUUGGCCGUAGGAAUGCGAAGGCGACAGCUGCGGAGACAGUUGUAGAAAGCGCUGCGGAGGAAGACACUGAUUUGGACGCAUGCAUUUGUGAUCGCAGCUUGCAGCCAGUUUGCGGCUCUGACCUUCGUACUUACGGCAAUCGUUGUCUCUUCGAUUGUAAGCGUUCGGUUUUGGCUCGUUUGGGCAAGGUAUUAAGUCUGCUGCGGGAGGGAGCUUGCAGUGAGAAGGUCGUUGAAGAUGGUGACUUGUAAAUAUUAACAUAACGUGCACUAAAUAAAGUGUUUUGAGCAGCGGAAAAUGUA